AUGACUCUGUCAAUGCAUCCAUUCGAUCCUCUGACACCCAGAGAGAUCUCCAAGGCUGCAACUAUUACACGCUCUGCGCUACCUGGAGAGAGCCCCAUCUUUCGGGUGAUAACGCUGAAGGAGCCCCCCAAGCAGGACACGAUUCACUUUCUAGACAGGGAGCACUCUGGGCAGCCGCUAGAUGUACGCCCUACUCGGGUAGCUCGCGUACAAGUUAUUACCCGCAGCGAAUCUAAGAACAAACUCACUGAGCUGCUGAUCGAUCUUGACCAUGCGGCAGUUGUCAAACAAGAACAUCUCGCAGGGAAGCAUUCUUAUAUUGACUCUGAGUACAUGAAGUCAGUUGAGCAAGCCUGCUUGGCCGAUGCAAGGAUCCAAGAGGAGAUUAAGAAGCUCAAGCUGCCCACAGGAGCAACAGUGAUUGUCGAACCGUGGGCGUACGCUACCGAUGGUAUGAACGACAUGUCCGAGCGUUUAUCGAUGUGUUGGUUCUAUAUGCGCUUGCUCGACAAUCCCGAUGCCAACUACUAUGCCUACCCGCUGGAUUUAUGCGCAGAAGUCUCCGAACAGCUUCAAGUGACCAAGAUAUAUCAGCUUCCAUCAUCGUCAGAGGAGCGUAUCCACAACCACCCACAGCCAUAUGACCAGCGCAAGGUUCAUUCCACCGAGGCAAGCGAAUACCACCCAAGCCUACGACCACCGCCGCGGAACACCACAAAACCAUACCAGGUGGUCCAGCCCGAAGGCCCCUCAUUCAACGUCGAGGGCAAUGUUGUGACCUGGGAGAAAUGGCGCAUGCAUGUAGGGUUCAACUACCGUGAAGGCUUGACCCUGCAUGAUAUCCGCUACGACGGCCGUAGUCUCUUCUACCGUCUAUCCCUAGCUGAAAUGUUCGUGCCCUACGGAGACCCCCGCGCCCCAUAUCCUCGCAAGGCGGCCUUCGAUCUAGGAAAUGACGGUGCCGGCAUCAACGCCAAUAACCUACGUCUAGGCUGUGACUGCCUAGGUUUAAUUAAAUACUUCGACGGCUGGCACAACACCAACUCAGGAGAACCACUGAAACUCCCCAACGUCAUCUGCUGCCACGAACAAGACGACGGGAUCCUCUGGAAACACACCAACUUCCGCACACAAAAUGCAGUAGUCACCCGCGCCCGCGUUCUAGUCCUCCAAACAAUCAUCACAGUCAGCAACUACGAAUACAUCUUCGCCUUCUACUUCGGCCAAGACGCCUCAAUCCACUACGAAGUCCGCGCGACAGGUAUCCUCUCCACCUGCCCCAUCAACAUCGGCCACAAAGUCCCCUACGGCACCAUCGUCGCUCCAGGCGUCCUAGCCCCAUAUCACCAACAUCUCUUCUGCCUCCGCAUCGACCCAGCCCUAGACGGUCACUCCAAUUCCCUCCAAAUCGAAGAAUCAAUCCCCAUCCCCCUAAGCGAUCCCACAAACCCCAAUCCCUUCGGAGUAGGCUACACAACAACCAGCAGGAUAAUCGAACACGAAGCAGGCCUCGACCUCGACUUCACAAAAAACCGCACCUUCAAAAUCAUCAACGAACACUCCACAAACCCAAUCACAGGCACCCCAAUCGCCUUCAAACUCCUCCCCUACUACUCCCAAAUGCUUCUCGCGGACCCGUCCUCCUACCACGCGAAACGAUCUGAAUUCGCCUCCCACGCCGUCUGGGUUACCCGCUACCACGACGAUGAACUCUUCCCUGCCGGCAGACAUACCAUGCAAUCUGCCGGUGGCGAGGGGAUCGCCUCCGUCAUUGAAUCCCGCCGCAGGCAGUCUAGUCCGCAUUCAAGUGUCCGGAAUCAGGAUAUUGUGGUCUGGCAUACUUUCGGGUCUACGCAUAAUCCCCGUAUCGAGGAUUGGCCUGUCAUGCCUGUGGAUAAGAUGGUGGUUGGGUUGAAGCCUGUGAACUUCUUUACGGGGAAUCCGGCGUUGGAUGUGGCUGUUUCGACGCAGGAGAGGAAUAAGAGUGUUUUGUUUGAGGGGGUUGGGAAGGCUUCGUCGGGCGGAGGUGCUGCGUGUUGUAAAUUGUAG